AUGCUGGGUUCCUCACGUGAAAGUCGCAGCUUGGGCGCCGGCACCUCCGCCGAGGCGGAUCUCGGGGAGAACGCCGGCCUCAUCGUGACAUACAUGAACGUGUUGCGUCACGACCCCGGAACGCGACAACAGGUCGGUCGGGACUACGCUGCGGCCGGCCGCGGCUUCCUCUAUGGCGAGAUCGAUGUCGUGCCGGAUGUCUCCAUUAUCAAAUAA